AUGGUUUUAUCUGACGUAGAUUUAAACGUCACUAGUCACAGUUUUAGAAAGUCUCUUAGUGACUACAAGAAAGGAGAGUAUCCACUUCAAGAUAAAAAAAGUCGUAUAUUUAACGCUAACCAACUCGGAUCUAAUAGGCUAUUUACCUAUCUGUCUAUUUAUCAAAUCAACACUAGUCUGAUGGGGCAUGAUUCCUAUAGCACGGUUCCUUUAGAGCUAAAACUAUUGCUCACUACUAUUAAUUGCGCGAAGCUGUUCCCAAAUACAACUGAUGCAAGAUAUUCGGAUAAGGCAAGACAAAUCAUACAACAGUUAACAACUCGCUCAGAUGCUCAUGAUGUUUUUGUGCUUGCAGUUCAAGAAUUUAGUUCUCUUUGGCAGGCAGCUUGUCCUGGUUUAGUGCGUACUUAUCUCGACAACCUUGCCCCAAUUGUUUUACAUUGUUUAAACAAGGAUAAAGAAUCAGCUUUGGAGCAUAAGGUUUCCAGUGAUAGUGUAGAUGGUCCAGAUGCCGAACCGCUACUUUGUAUGUCUAGUGUUUCUCCUUCUGCUGGUAGCGGUGGUUUAGCUCAAGUCCCCAUAAAUGGUAAGCAAUUAUUCCGCCACGUAACUUCAAGUGCCAUUGGGGCAAUUGGUAUAAUGAUAUUUGCAAGGAACGAUAUAUCGGUUCAAGAUUUGCAGUUUUGCAGUGUACGCUGUGGUCUUUUCAAUUCCAGCCUAAAGGGUGCUACUGCUGUGCAGAUUCUGCUCUCUAAGUUCGAACAUACGCACAAGUUUACCUUUAUUUCUGCGCAUUUCACAGCAAGUGAUGGUCAUAAGAAACUUCUGCGGCGUAUUAAUGAUGGAAACACGAUAAUGAAAGCUCUUAAGGCACAGUUUGGUGGUAUUUUUGACGGUUAUGUCUUUCUUCUGGGAGAUCUCAAUUUCCGGCUCCACUACAGCCAAGAAUCCAACACAAAGUACAAUGAUAGAGAGGUUACUAAACAUCUCUUGGAGGAGCAAGACGAACUAAAUUCCAUUAGGGCAACUGGAAUCCUCUUCCAUGACUUCAAGGAGCCUGUGAUCACAUUCCCGCCCACCUACAAGUAUCAUCUCGGUUCUGGCGACAAAUAUGUCUACAACCUUACCAGACAACCUUCAUGGUGCGAUAGGAUACUUUACAAAAGUGCAAAUAAUAAUAUAACGGUCCAUGAAUAUAGGUCGAUUGACAGAACUCCCCAUUUGGAAUUCACUGACCACCAAGCCGUUACGAUGAGCGUCAGUACACCAUUACUAUAUCAAGCAUCACCUUUUUCUUUACAAAAAAACAAUAUUACAGAAAGACUUCAUAUCGGACAUAUUGCGGACAGGUUCAUAUAUGUUACAUGGUAUAUUCAUGAAAUAUACGGGGUGCUUGGAGAUAUUUUGACUAUUUUGUUACUAGUAGUCGUGGUAACUGGAAUUAUAUGGUGCGUACAUAAUGAUUGGUGA